CCCUCUAAUCCUCAGUACUGUGACUCUCACAUGAUGCUGGUAUGCCUUGCCACGGCCCACUCGCUCUGUGUAUCACUCCCUUGUUCUGUCUUCUCAACUGACCAACACCAGAGCAGUCUGGAGUACAUACAGAGUCAUCUCCCGUUAUUUGGGAGACAUGGGGCAUCUUUCGUCUUUUAGGAGAUUUCUCUUUUUCUGGGAUCGGAGGAAUAAUUUCCAGAAUGGAGAAAAAAGGCCUCUCAUAUCAAAGGGAGACGUGAAAGCAGGGGGUAACUCAUCCGUCUUGUAUCGGGGAACUGACGACAGUUCGGGAAGUCAAACCAGCUCGAAUUCCUCCAACCAUGUAGGUCCAACCAAAGGAACAUCAUGGAACAUCUUCAGCUCACAUGGACCCGGUUCGUCCAGUUGGAGCGACUAUCUGUUGAAGUAUCUCCUCAUUACAAGCAACCUGCUCUUUACUGUUCUUGGUCUGGUUACACUAGUAGUCGGACUCUGGGGUCUGAUCAAUAAAGAAUCAUUUGCUCAGGAGAAGAUCAGCGGUAUUGGGACGGACCCCAUGCUCCUCUUCACAUUCCUUGGUAUUACCGUCGCUCUACUGAGUUUGACAGGUUGCGUAGGGGUGUUGCGGGAGAAUCUGUGUCUUCUCCGGAUCUUCUCAACUGCUGUGCUGCUCCUAGUGGUGGCUCAGAUACUGGCAGCGAUCAUGGUGUACAGCUUGCAAGGCCAGAUCGUGGAGUAUUUGCGCUCAGGCAUGCUGGCUGCUGUGGUGCGGUACCAGGACGAUCUGGACCUGAGGUUCAUCACUGAUGAGAUCCAGACCGGUCUACAAUGCUGUGGGGCAGAUACAUACAGAGAUUGGGAAAUCAAUGUAUAUUUCAACUGUUCAGCUCCUGGGGUCCAGGCCUGUGGUGUGCCACCCUCCUGUUGUGUAGAUCCUCUGGAGAACGGGACCGUAUGGAACUCCCAGUGUGGAGUAGGUGCCCUACAGCUGGACGAGUUCUCCGCCCAGAGUGUCAUCUUCCUGGGCGGCUGUUUGGGCAGCAUCUCGCGCUGGAUAGAGCACCAUGGUGAAGUCAUUGGCACAGUAGCUAUAGUUCUGCUGGGAGUCCAGAUCCUCACUUUGGUCAUAACGGCACGUCUGCUGCAGAAAAUACACUGGAACAGAGCGCAACAUGAUGUAUAUUCAUAAUGACUGCAGUAUCACUGAAUGUUUUCAAUAACACAAUAUUGUGCCAUAGUGGUUCUCAAACAUCCUGGACUUCAUUUGCAUUGGAUCUUGAGAUUUUAAACUAUUGUUUAUACUUUAGAAAGUCUAGUUUUACCAUGGCAUGUACAGUACAAAUCUUGAAAGCAAUACAAGGUUUCUGCCUGUUAUUGUAAACAAUAGCUCAAUGUAAUUCACCAUAGCUUGUGGGAACUAACUUCAUACUUCCACUAAAAAUCAAUGCAAAAGUAACUCAGAAAAGUAAAGUCCUAAAAAAGAUCUAACAUAAUUUGUUUGCAUAUGGUGUCCAGAUACUUUUUGGGACUGUAAUUGAUUUAAACACAUGCAUAUUUAAGCGCUCGGCCAAUCCAGUUGAAUAUGCUUAAAUGCGCAUCAAGGGGGUGAUAGAUUUACCUAAAAAACUGGAUUUUAUAUUAUUCAGGUAAAUUGCUAUAAAUAUACUGACUUUAACAAACUUGCUCCAAUACUGUUGCUCCAAUAAUUGACUUGAAAGAGAAAACUCACUACAGACAUUGACCGAUCACAAUA